AUGCUCAACAUGUCGCGCAAAGAACACAACGCUGAAGUGGCUAAUGAUUUGAGGACGGAGACGUUGCUAACACAGAAGCGGAGAGCGCGCGAGACAACCGAUCCCAUGAUCAUAUCACACCUAGUUCCUCGAAGUCAAAGAUGUUCCUCGAUUAACUCUCCUAUGUAUAAUGAUGCUUUGACCGACCGCAAUCCCAACAGAGACUCGUACGAUAGCCAAAUUUCAAUGAGGACCUCAAAGAAUAUACAAUAA